AUGACUGCGUUGAGAUUCGUGAAAUCCCAUGCAAUUGACUGCUAUCCAGGUAUGGGAGUCCUUCCGGACUACGUCCGGGCUGGAGCCACGCUCCGCGUGACGGCUGCGAGGCCUGGAGUCGUCAACUUUGAGCUGGAUAUCAAGAAGGAGCAUACGAACAGACUGGGCAUCCUGCACGGAGGCACCAUUGCCAGCAUGGUUGACCUUGGAGGCUCUCUUGCCGUCGCAUCCCGUGGUCUUUUUGCCACAGGCGUCUCGACGGAUCUUAACGUGACCUAUCUGAGUUCUGGGGGAAAGAUCGGCGAUAAGAUCUUUGCGGAGGUUGUAUGCGACAAGUUCGGCAAAAACCUCGCCUACACGUCUAUCAAAUUCUACAACGACAAGAACGAGAUCGUCGCCCGAGGCAGUCACACGAAGUACAUUGCCCUCGCCUUUCGAGACCCACAGAACAUCGUCGAGGAGCUGAAGCCGGCAUCAGAAUCGAACGGGACUUCGAGCGGGUCCUCUUAA